AUAAUGGGGCAUGGGAUAACCUCACAUUCACGGUUGAUUCCCGCGAAAUGGAUGUGACAACUGUGGAAGAUUUUUACGGGGUAUAUCUGCUGGUCAGUCGCAGUGAAAAACGUAGUUUUGCAGGCAGAACCUACAUAGGAUAUACAGUAGAUCCCAACAGAAGGAUAUCCCAGCACAACAAGGGAAAGGAAUAUGGAGGAGCAAAAAGAACCAGCGAAAGGGGCCCAUGGCAGAUGAUUCUUAUUAUCCAUGGAUUUCCCAACAGUCUUUCAGCUCUAAGGUUUGAAUGGGCUUGGCAACAGCCUCACAUAUCCCGGCGUCUGAGGAACAUUCCCGGAUUGGGAAAGAAAUCAUCAUUGAGGAAAUUUGACCUACAGUUCCGCAUUCUCACAGAGAUGCUCAGAAUUGGUCCGUGGAAUCGACUGCCGCUGGUAAUUCGUUGGCUGGCUGAUGAUUUCGUCCGUGACUUUCCGGCAAGUGAUUCCCUCUCGACAAUCUCAUCAAAAGACAUUAUAAUUAUGCCCUUUAUCUAUAUGCUUCUACAGCCGGAAAAACUGCCACCAGUGCACAUGGCAAUAUGCUAUGGGUAUGUCAAGCGGAAGAAGAAGCCUGAUAGGCCCGAAGAAGCCACGCACAGUCAACAAGAUCCUUCAUGCAGACUCUGCGAAAAUCCCAUUGAAAAUCCAUGCCAAUCUCUUUUGACCUGCAUUAAUCCAAGAUGCAAGCUCCAGUGCCACAUUAUCUGUCUAGCAAGAGUAUGCAUCACGGAGUGCAAUCAGUACAUUCCAACUGAAGGUGAUUGUCCCAUUUGCUUCACCCACUUUCUGUGGGGCGAUCUGAUAAGGAAGAAGAAUGGAUGCAGUGAUCUUGUGGCCACGAGCAAUGAUGCAAUUGAUACCGACAAUAAUUGCAAUGAUUUGUCCAUUGAUUCUACAACGGAUGAGGAUUCCGAUGACUCUUAGUUCUGCGUCCCAUUGUCAGCCAACAAGAACGCCUGAGACAGCAAAAUAAAAGAGCCAUGGAAUUUAUCGCUAGAGUGUGAAUUCUUUUUUUUUUUACCGUGAAUUAAUGGAUUUUUUUAUGUGAGUAUCGUUAUUUUAUUGUAACUAUUUAGCUCUAUCUGAUUAUCUCUAGAUUUAAGUGGUAUAAUAGAGGUGGCAAGAAUCAGUUUCUUUAAUGCCUUCCCGGAGAUUUUACUAUGUAACGAUGAAGCUCAACACGUAAUAAAAUUAAAAUAAAUCCGCGA